CGUCGGCCGAGGAGCACAGCGCGCCUGUCCAGUGCUUAAAAGAUAUUUUAGCAGCUGUGUCUUCCCAACUGUCAUCACAUUAAGAUCCUCCUUACUCAUGCCGGUGUUUUUCAUUAGAUGCUGUGCAGCACGAGGAUGAAUGGUACAGACACGAAAGAUUUCCAAAAAUGUAUAGCUGGGGUAUGGGCACGCGAACCAAUUAUUUGCACAACAAUGACCAUGAUACCGUGCGACAUCUGCGCAUGGGCACGGGACUAUUCAACUACAGUCGACCCAACCAUCUAUUAUGCUUCUUCGCUGCAAUAAAAGCUACCUGAAAGACUGCAAGCAAAACGCUACCGGAACCACUUCGGGGGAAAGUAAUAAAGUAAAACUAGAGUGCGGACACCCAUCUCUGAGAUGGGAUGUGUGGAUGCCGUGGGCCAUAAGGAGCAGACCGCACCCCCACACUGCGCCCGCUGAUCUCUAGGCCGGACCCCCCCGCCGCAGCAGCAGCCCCCCCAGGACCGUCGCGCCCGUCCUGUUCCCCGGACAACAUGUCGGGCGAGGCCCCCGCCGCCCAGACGCCUCCCCCGAUAACCAACCCCCCGCCCCCCCCGAUAACCAACCCCCCGCCCCCCGAGUUCACCAACCCCACCAAGCCCGGCCGCAAGACCAACCAGCUGCAGUACAUGCAGAACGUGGUGGUGAAGACCCUCUGGAGGCAUCAGUUCGCCUGGCCCUUCUACACGCCCGUAGACGCCAUCAAGCUCAACCUGCCCGACUACCACAAAGUGAUCAGGAAUCCGAUGGACAUGGGGACCAUUAAGAAGAGACUGGAGAACAACUACUACUGGACAGCAGGGGAGUGCAUGCAGGACUUCAACACUAUGUUCACCAACUGUUACAUUUAUAACAAGCCCACAGACGACAUCGUGCUGAUGGCUCAGGCGCUGGAGAAGAUCUUCCUGCAGAAGGUGGCGUCCAUGCCCCAGGAGGAGGUGGAGCUGCUGCCGCCGCCGCCCAAAGGCAAGAGCCGCAAACCGGGAGCUCCGCCCAGCACAGAGACCCCAGGUGUGGGCGUGUCGUCGGGGUCCCCCUCCUCGUCUUCAUCGCCCACUCAGACGUCUCAGACGCCCGUCAUCGCCGCGGCGCCCGUAGCAACCAUCACCUCCAACGUCCAGGCCACGCCCCCUCCACCGCCGGCCGCCGUGAUGCCCGUCGUCCCCUCCGCGCAGCCCGUCGUCAAGAAGAAAGGCGUGAAGCGGAAAGCAGACACCACCACGCCCACCACCUGCGCCAUCACCGCCAGCCGGAGCGAGUCGCCCACGGGCACGGGCACGGCGGGGGCGGUAACCGCGGUAACGCCGCCGGACGCUAAGCUGGGCAAGGCGGCGGUGGCGGCGGCGGCGGCCUUGCGACGCGAGAGCACGGGCCGCCCCAUCAAGCCCCCGCGGAAGGACCUGGAGGACGGAGAGCUCCUGCAGCACGCCAGCAAGCGCAGCAAGCUCACGGAGCAGCUCAAGCACUGCGACGGCAUCCUGCGCGAGAUGCUCUCCAAGAAGCACGCCGCCUACGCCUGGCCCUUCUACAAGCCCGUCGACGCACAGGCCCUCGAGCUGCACGACUACCACGACAUCAUCAAGCAGCCCAUGGACCUCAGCAGCGUCAAGAAAAAGAUGGACGGCCGAGAGUACGUAGACGCCCAAAGCUUCGCUGCGGAUAUCCGGUUAAUGUUCUCAAACUGCUACAAAUACAACCCACCUGAUCACGAGGUGGUCGCCAUGGCACGCAAACUCCAGGAUGUGUUUGAGAUGCGUUUCGCCAAGAUGCCGGACGAGCCUGCGGAGCCGACGUCGCCGAGCGGCCUGUCGUCGGGGGCGACGGUGGUCAGCAAGAGCCGGGUCAGCAGCGAGAGCAGCGACGCCUCGUCCAGCUCCGACUCCGAGGAGGAACGCGCCACGCGCCUCGCCGAGCUCCAGGAACAGGUGGGUGCAGAACAGCAAAUCACUCUGGAGCACCCGAAUGGUAACAGAGCUGGAAAAAAAAACGGGUGUGCCAAACGUUUUCAGCUCAAGGCAGUCCAUGAACAGCUGGCUGCUCUGUCACAGGGUCCCGUCAGCAAACCAAAGAAGAAGAAGGAGCGGAAGGAGAAGGACAGGAAGAGGAAGGACAAGAGCAAGCUCAAGAGCGAGGACGACAAGAAGCCCAAGAUGGCCGCCGGCCAGCCCGCCAAGCCCAGCCCGCAGAAGAAGACGACGACGACCGCGCGCAAGCCCAACAGCACCUCCUCCGGGUCCAGGCAACCGAAAAAAGGCGGGAAGGGAGGCGCGGCCAACUACGAGUCGGACGAGGAGGAGUCGCUGCCCAUGACGUACGACGAGAAGCGGCAGCUGAGUCUGGACAUCAACCGCCUGCCCGGCGAGAAGCUGGGCCGCGUCGUGCACAUCAUUCAAUCGCGCGAGCCCUCGCUGCGGGACUCCAACCCCGACGAGAUCGAGAUUGACUUCGAGACGCUCAAGCCGUCCACGCUGCGCGAGCUCGAGCGCUACGUCAAGUCCUGUUUACAGAAGAAGCAACGGAAACCCUUACCGGGCACGGGGAAAAAGAGUGCCAAGUCUAAAGAGGAGCUGGCGCAGGACAAGAAGAGAGAGUUAGAGAAGCGUCUGCAGGACGUCAGCGGCCAGCUCAACAACAACAAGAAACCGCCCAAAACAGCAGAGAAGGGUGGCGUGGUCCCGGGCGGUGGUCCGUCUCGUCUGAGUGCCAGCAGCAGCUCCUCCGACUCCAGCUCCAGCUCCAGCGGCUCCAGCAGCGACAGCAGCGACUCCGACUGAGCUCACACCACACCUCCCCCCGACCGCCAGUGUGUGUGUGUGUGUGUGUGUGUGUGUGUGUGAGCGCAGAGUUUGUGUGCAAGGGUGUCCAAGCCUGCACGCCAGGGAGUGAAACCUGUUUGUGUGUGUGUGUGUGUGUGUGUGUGUGUGAGCGUGCGUGCAUCUGCCCGCAACCUCUUAUGUACUUCAGACUACAUUUUCCCCAUGUUUUUUUCCUUUUGUUUUUGUUUUUUAAAAGAAGUACUAUGUAGUGCGCUGUCAUGGACGUCUCAGCAGAGAAGCGGCAUGACAGCGGCAGGAGAUUUUAAAUGAGUUUAGAGACGUCUCCGGACACACACAACUAAAGAUAUGUAUGAAAAUAUAGCUGACUCCGCAGUGUCAGGGUUUAUUUUGCUGGCCCUCAAAGGGAAAAGCCUGGUAUCACCAGAUAAAAAAAAAAAAUAUUUUUGAAUUAUUUUAGUUGUAGAGGUGAAAGCAAAACAAAAGAAAAAAAAACAGAAAAAAAGGUAAAAGAGUUGCUGCUUUGUUCAAUAGUUAUAAACUCACACGUGCAUAUAGUCCAGCGGCUCCUGGUGCCCACGAGCGCUUGAGUUGCAUCUGUGCGGAGGACUCGUCUGGGAAGCAGCCGCCAGCGUCGCCGGGCCGCCUGGAUCACCUGACCAGCGGAGCGGACGGUGGGAGGAGUCUCGUCUCGGGGCCAGCGGAGCGUACGGUGGGAGGAGUCUCGGGGCCAUCGGAGUGCACGGUGGGAGGAGUCUCGGGGCCAGCGGAGCGUACGGUGGGAGGAGUCUCGUCUCGGGGCCAUCGGAGCCUACGGUGGGAGGAGUCUCGUCUCGGGGCCUCUCAGCCGCUCUUCAACCCCACGCCACAUUCCAGCCAGUUCCAGUAACCGUGACGUCGACCCCAUCAGGCUACUUCCCAGGUCACCGCCGGAAUAACACAACCUAAAGUGACUCUGAGAGCUGUUUUAGCGGUGAACGUUUCAGUUGGAGCGCCGAUGACCUCUCACCCCACCCAUCCCUGACCUCUCACCCCACCCAUCCCUGACCUCUCCCAGACUGGACUCGUGCUGGCCAGGCGGGGGGGGGGGGAGGGGAGGUCGGCCUUCGGCGUGCUCUCUCUCUCGGACUGCCUCAGCAGCGGUAGUGAAGCUACGACCUGUUUCAACACUGAUCUUUGGCAUCUUUUUAUUUUUGAUUUUUUAAACUCCACCGAUUGUACAAUUCUUCCGGUGCUUGUGUCUCAUGUUUGUCAGUAUUUGAUGUAUAAUUUUGUCAAAUCUGUUUCCUUUUUUUUUGUCAAAAGUAUAUCAUACAUAAUAUACAGUUUUUUUUUUUUUUUUUUGAUUUUUAUAUUUGGUUUUUUUUCUGGUUAAGUAUCUGAUUUUACAAGUAUGUUGAUGGCGUAUGUAGUGGUUCAAACUGCCCCCCUCACCUCUCCUGUUCAGUAAUGGUACAAUCCAAACUGACCCCCUCACCCCUCCUGUUCAGUAAUGGUACAAUCACAAGUGUGCGAGCUCACCCAGAUCCAUGUGUCCAUGAUUUUAGCAGGGCCUCGGUAUGAGUUAAACGGGUGCUUGCGAUUCCAGGCCCAACAGUCGAUUCAUUUUGUGCUUCCUGUACAUGGUAACAAGUGGCUUGUUCCCUUGGCCACGAAUCAAAACAUUCACAUGACAAGAGUACCAUUUCAAUCGCAGCGGUAUUGCCAUGAUGGGGCCAACAUAGACCUGCCAGGCAUCUCAGACUAACACGACCCAAUUCAACAUUUUGUUGACUGGUUUUGAUCAACUUGGACAUUUUUUUCAGUUCUGCAACUUUCCCUGUUCCGCCCUCCCCAGCCCCCCUCGUGUGGCAUGCGUCCAGUUUAGUCAUUUCCCAUACUGAUGAAUGUAGUAAUGUUUCAGUUGCAAGUGUUGCAUUCUCAUUACAUUAUGCAGAAUCCAGCUCUAUAUACAGUACACAAAACAUUGAAUAAUGUUUUCUUUCUUGAGUUAUCAAUGUAUGUGUUAUUGUUGCCUUAAGUUUCAAUGGUAAGACAUUAAACGUUCUCCAACUGAACAGAAUUUUGUAACUGUCAAAAUGGCAUUCUCCAUAGCAGUAAUCAAGACGAGUGAACUCUGCCAGAAUGAUGGUUCUGUGUGACUUUGGGACAUUUGAGACCAUUGAAGCUCUUCUGGAUUGGUGUAUUCGGAGUAACACAAUCUAGUCUUCCUCGCGACUACAGGAUGAUUCUUACGUAUGUUGUGUGUUAACCUGAUUACCACUACUUCAUUUGUGUUUGACCUUACGUCUAAUUAAGAUGAUUAAUCAACAAAAAAAAAAAAAAAAAAAAAAAAAGAUGACGGACAACAAAUUACUGUGAUAUAUACACACAUAUAUCCCACACUUUUUCUACCCAUGUAUCUUUUUGAAGCCGUGUCUUCUGGAAUAAUAAAGUUGCGUUUUCCUGAGUGGUGGCAGUAGACUGAACGGACUGAGAUCUAAAUAUAUGCUAUAAAUAUAAAUGUAUAUUCACCACAUAUUAGUUUGUUUUUAGUCCUGGGUCGAGAUAUAUUAGCUUAUUUUAUAUGAGGAAAAACAAAAACAAACCUUUUUGUGUAUUGCAUGCCAAUUUACAGUAUCUUUCUUAAACUUUUUUGAGCUGUUUAUAUUAUGUAAAUGUCCGUCUUGAUCUUAAGAUGAAUAGUUCUCCAACUGGGUAUCACUCUAGAUGUAAGAUGGACAUAUAAGGAGGGGUUGCAGGGCAGACUGAUAGAGCUACUGUUUGAUGUAAAAGCUAACCUGAAAUUUUGACUCACUGAGCCCUCCUGUUUUUCGUAAAUAAACCAAGAAAAAAUA